AUGAGGAUCGAGAAAUGUUAUUUCUGUUUCGGGCCGAUCUACCCUGGCCACGGCAUGAUGUUCGUCCGCAACGACUGCAAGGUGUUCCGAUUUUGCAAAUACAAGUGUCAUAGAAACUUCAAGAAGAAGUGGAAUCCACGCAAGGUCAGGUGGACUAAAGCCUUCUGGAAGGCAGCUGGCAAGGAGCUCACGGUGGACAACUCAUUUGAAUUUGAAAAACGUAGAAAUGAACCUGUGAUAUACCAGCGAGAGCUGUGGAAUAAAACUAUUGAUGCAAUGAAGAGGGUUGAAGAGAUCAAGCAGAAAUGGCAGGCUAAGUUUAUAAUGAACAGGUUGAAGAAAAACAAAGAGCUACAGAAAGUUCAGGAUAUCAAAGAAGUCAAACAGAACAUCCAUCUUAUCCAGGCUCCUCUUGCAGGCAAAGGAAAGCAGCUGGAGGAAAAAAUGGUACAGCAGUUACAGGAGGAUGUGGACAUGGAGGGCGCUUCCUAAUGGUGCCGCCUGCAGCCAGCCCUGUGCACACUGGAAACCAGUGGAGACUGUCGGUCCCUAAGUUAUUGAUUGGUUACAUAAUA